GAGACAAGCAGCCUUUGACGCUCAUUAACGAUGGUGAAUGUUUCGAGAUUCCGAAUAAUACUCGUUGUGGCCGCAUGUGCCAUUGUUUUGUCCAUGAUGCUCGACGAAAAGACGUUUGGGGCCAAGGCCGAAUAUGCUGGUACCGUGGGGCGUAGACCUCCACCUCGAACUAGACCUAGACCUCAACCAUUUGUUAAUAAGAAGCUGCCUAAGAACGCGAAGACUACAUCUACAAAACCUACUGCCCCUUCAUCAGAUGGAUCGUCUGGAUCUCCUGAAGAUCCUGUACCCCCUGGAGCUACAGGAGCCGCCGGAGAUCCUGCACCUCCUGCAGCACCCGUAGCUCCUCUGUCUCCUGUAACGCCUGGAUUGGCUGGAAUGGCUGGAAUGGCUGCGUUGGCUGGAAUGUCUGGAAUGUCUGGAUCGGCCGGAUUGCUUGGAGGUCUUGGAGGUUCCGCAGUUCCUGUCAUGCCAAGUGUGGGCACCGCCAUCGGUACUAUUCAAUCGGCUGCUAGCCGCGGCGCCCUCCCUCAGCAUCAAUCUUCAUAUGCUGAGAAUCCUCAAAAUGACAAAGCGGUACAGCCAGAUGUACAGCAAGAGGUACAGCAAGUGGUACAGCAACAGGUGCAGGAAGCGGCACAGCCACAGGUACAGCAAGAGGGACAGCCACAGGUACAGCAAGAGGCACAGCAAGAGGUACAACAAGAGACACAGCCACAGGUACAGCAAGAGGCACAGCCACAGGUACAGCAAGAGGCACAGCCACAGGUACAGCAAGAGGCACAGCCACAGGUGCAGCAAGAUGGAGGCACAGGCAGCGCAGCAUCAUCAUAGACAGCUUGUCAAAGUCGUGUGCUACGAGUAUAAAAAAUGCAAAAUAAAACCCGCACUCCUUCUUUGUGAUACA